CAGGCUCUUUUGGAUUCGGCAAAACUUGGGCCGACGGACAUGAGAAGAAUACGCCGCCCCCCUUCUUUGCCCAUCCUUCGUCUUCUUCUCACGGCAUCAUUCGUCCUCCCCCCUCUUCUUCUCGAUUCCCCGAAAAAAAACUGAUCAAGAAUCUAAUCUCUAGGGUUUCGUUUUCGUCGAUCAAUCAAUCUUGGAAUCGAACGGCAUCGAUGGCGAAGAAGAGCAAGUCGGAGGCGACGCGGCUGGACGAGGUGGAUCGGAGCGUGUACUCGACCUUCUGCGGCGCGGCGAACUCGCUGUCUCAGAUCUACACGCAGGCGAUGGCGCAGCAGAAGGUCGCCUUCCAGGCCGGAGAGCGCCACGCCUUGGAAAAACUCUACCAGUGGAUUCUGAGGCAGCAUGAGGAUGGGGCAAGGGUGACUGCAGCAGAUGUCAUGACUUAUUUGCAGCACGAGAUUGAUUGUGGAGGGGAGGAUGUGUCAAUGCCUCCAAGGCUGCAAUUUCCUAGCCAUCCUCAACCCACAAUGCACUUUACGAACACAAACAUCCAGGCCUCUUCUGGUGUUUCUGGACCAACAACUGUUGGACUUGCCCCACGGAUUGGGCACUCUGAUCAAACGAAGAACCCAGUUUUCUCAAAUGCUCUCUCUGGCCCUGUUCCUCACAGCCUUCAGCCUUAUCACCUAGCCCAGGGUGGAGGAUUUUAUCCAAAUGGUGUCUUGCUAAAUGGAAGUGGAACUCGGAACAAUGAAGUUGUCUUUCCUAAUCAAAUCCGGGGCUCUAACUCCCUCAGCUCCAGCGACUUAUCUAUGGAUAUGCAUUCAGAUAGCCCACCUCAUGAAUCCUAUUAAUGUUUUUCAGUAAAGUUGCACCAUUUCUUUGUUGUUAGUCUCAGUAACCCUAUCUGCAGUUACUUCAUUAAAACUCCAUCCUCAAGAACUUGGUGAAUCAAGAAGGUGCUAUAAUAGUGAGGUCUGCAGGCUGGAGUUUUUGUGGAGGCAUCCAAAGUACAUGUUUCUCAUGAAUCUCCCUCCACCCUCACAGCCAAAGCAAUCUGUUAGUUCCAAGCUUACUUUUGGCCUCCUGCCGUUGGCCUAAUUCCAUGUUAAAAAUGGCCCCAUUUUGUUUUUUUCUUUUUUGUUUUUUUAGCUGCUUGUCUUUUUGAGUUGGAUCAUAUGGAUUUGGUGGACUUGGUAGAUAGUAUAUUUGGUUUUCAUGUGAUGAUCCUGUGAAUCAAAUAGGUAUCUAACAAACACAGCUUGGUUGAAGCCUCAUAUUAUGCACAUGGAUGCAUGUUUGAAACAGGGA